CAGACUUCCUUGGUGGUGUGACUAGACUGCUCUAGAAGUUUCUUAUACUGCUUCAUGAAGUAUGUUUUCCAGAGUAUCAAGGGCGAUCCUUGUCAUCUGGGCAUCUUUAUGGAUGGCCCAGUUGACCACUAUCUCAUCAUUCGAAGAGAGAUACAACAUACUGGAACCUGGUUACACGGAGAAGAAGGAGGUUCAGGAUAUUUAUCAAUCUGACUACCUGAAAGCCAAGCGAGCUGAUCAAAUGUAUAGCUUUGGUUUUGGUAAAAGAGAUUCUUUGGCCUCUCCAGGCAAAGUUUUAUCGGAUUCUCCUGAACGCUUAAACACUUUCCUGACAUAUAAAAGGGUUCCUCAGCACUUCGCUCUUAGCUUAGGAAAGCACUUUGUACCCGAUACUAAUAAUUUGGAUGACAAAUGCAGCAUCAUUUACGUUUUUGGACUAGGCACGAGAAAAGGGGCAGUGGACCGAUUUUCUUUUGGAAAACGAGGAGAAAAACAGUUUAACUUUGGUCUUGGAAAGCGCACUUCCUUAAAAGUUGGAAUAUUACAAAAGUACGAGGAUUUUAUUAAACGAAGAUUUCAUUUUGGUUUAGGAAAACGCAUGGAUCGAGAGUACAGUUUUGGUUUGGGAUAAUAGUAAAGAGGACCAGAUGAAGAACAGGGAAAGCUUAUUAUUAUAUAGAAGUACUUUUGAUCAAUGACUGAA